AUGGCGGUGGAGGGAUUGAAUAUGGCGCUUCAGGUUGCCUCUCAUGUUCCUGCUCUCUCUUCUUCCAUCACGGUGAUGGAUGCCAGUGGGAACCUGGUUAAUACGGUGAAUACAGUAUGUUUGUGUUGAGAUUCACCCUUCGUGCACCAUCUGUCAUUCGUUGUCUGCUUAACCUCCCGGUCAAAACAAUGUAUUUUCUUUUCUUUUUCGUGUGCUAUCUAUUUCUCGCUGCGCUUUCCCUUCUAUCGUCACGUGGCUAACAAUUAAGCAGUCCAGGAAUAUUUUCUCAGCGUUCAAGGAGGCUCGCCAGGCCUACCGCACCCGCAAAGCUGAAAUAACCGAGGAGCGUGCUCGCCAGAGCGCCCGCCGCGACGAGGCCCGACUGCGUGCCGCGCGAAAGCAUAGCACAUCGACAGCUCGCCGGUUAGAACGAUCCAAUACCGGCACGCUAAUGAUCGAAGAUGACGAGGAACGGCGCCAGCGAAAGAAGGAGAAGAAGGAGAAAAAGAAGAGAUCUGCGUCUUCGUCGUCCUCGGGCACCGGCUCGGACAUUAGCUUCGAAGACGACUCUGGGAGUGCUGUCCUCACCACCACGGGUAAUAAUAAUAGCGUGAGGAGGUCGACCAGCAGCGAGACCAUGCGGACCGAAGCGACCUUGUAUACCCCGGGGGGUUUGCGCGGAAACAUGUCGGUCAUUUCAUUAAUCCCCGAAAUGGUUCUCUCCCAACCGGACCCCAUGACGGAGAAUCUUCAACUCCUCCUCCUGCAGCUGCAGUCUACAAUCGACGAGUUAUCGUGUUGGUCAGCGGGCAUCGCGACGCUCAUUGCCGAGCUGCAGAAGGUUCCUGAUACCCUCGCAGUUGUCGGCCUAACCCUCGCCGAAGUGUCCGCUCUUGUAGCGAAGGUCAGCCCUGCAGCAAUCAUGGGCUUGAAGACCCUGUUCCCCAUGAUCUUUGCCUUACUGGGCAGCCCACAGUUUGUCGUCCUUGCGGGCGUCGGGGCAGCUGCUACGGUGGUUGUAUUGGGCGGAUACAAGAUUAUCAAGAACGUCGUCGGCGGAGCGGCAGCGAAAGCGUUGCUAUCGGGCGGCGGCGAGGAGGAGUAUCCAGAGGGUGAUUGGGACGAGCCCGUCGAGGAGAUUGUCCGCGAACCUCCCCAACGGCAGCGCAUGAUUGAGGCUGCCCCCGUAUCGCUUCCUCGACCCGAAGCUAGACGCGCGCAGUCUGAGGUUCCCACCCAGCGCGGAGAACUCGUGCUUGCCCGCUCUCACACGUCCCAGGCCCCCGCGGGCGGAGGCGAAGUGCUAGCCUUCAAUGUCUCAAGCACCGCGAGCGGCAGUAGCAGUGGCAGCAGUAGUAACAACAGCAGCAACAACAACAGUGCCGAUGAGGAGGAUAGAAAGCGACAUCAUAGAAAGCGCCGCGGUAGCAACGACAAGUCAGACAAGGACAAGUCUGAAAGGUCAAAAUCGAAAUCCGGCAGUAGGUCCCACCACAGCAAGCCAAAAUCCGACAAGGAAAAGGACAAAUCGGAAAAAGACAAGUCAUCUUCCAAAUCGGACAAGCACGAAUCCUCCGAGCCGUCCAGCAGGCGCGGGUCAUCCUCGAAAUCCCACGACAAGCACGAAAAGUCGGAUAAAAAGGAGCGCAAGACAUCCGUCGAUAAUGGUGCCACCAUUCCCACCAAGGAGAAGAAGACGUUCUUUUCGCUGACCACCUCUCCGUUCUCGUCCCCGGCUGCAUCUACGACUUCGCUGCUCACUGAGAAGCAAAAGAAAAAGGAAAGGAAGUCUUCGCUCUCAUCUGCCUCUUCCCCCCCUUCCGGUUCUAAGGAGAAGGAGAAGGAGAAGACAUCCCCCACAAAAGACCACAAAGAGACCAAGAAGCCGAAGGAAUUUUUGUCGGGUCUUUUCGAAGGGCGGUCGGCUUGA